AAUGGAGGGAGGCGCCUCUCGAAAGCCUGGGCUGGGACCGGUUGGUGCAGCUUCCUGAACAUGACUGUCUCGUCCGGUUGGUGCAUUUGGACGCUUCUCCACUUUGCAUGAAUCCCCUCGCCUACAUCUUCUCGGACCGCAGCAGAAACGAGGGCAGCGCAAGCAAACGAGGUCCCAAUCCAAGGACAGAGGAAGCGCAAGCGAGGCCGACGGAGAGCCUGCUGCCAAGGCACGGAAGAAGGGAGCAAGGCCGCGAGAGCAGCGAGCGAGCGAGCUUGUCAUCCUGCCUGCGAGUUUGAAACCAUCAUCCUGCAAUCAAUCAAUCGUCCGCUGUGCUUGUUCUCUCCCCAUAAACCCGAUUGCAAGUGAGCGAGGGUGGCACUCCGCGCUCUAGAGGAUCUGGUCGCUGAGAAAGCGCUUUUCAAGAGGUUCAGCGGCAGAGCGGGUCGCAGCGUUGAUCCUGAUCUGUGUGACAAUAUCAUGGCCGGUAAAGGGGUGUUCAAAGAUCUGCUUGAUGGGGAUGUCUACAAGUACUAUGCUGAUGGAGAGUGGAAGCGGUCCUCCUCGGGCGCCUCCGUCAACAUUUUGAACCCUUCUACCCGGAAGGUUCAGUACAAGGUUCAAGCAUGUACUCAAGAAGAGGUGAACAAGAUUAUGGACAGCGCAAAAGCAGCUCAAAAACUGUGGGCCAAAACUCCUCUGUGGAAGAGGGCCGAGGCUCUGCACAGAGCAGCUGCUAUUCUGAAGGAAAACAAAGUACCUAUCGCGGAAUCACUCGUUAAAGAGGUCGCCAAGCCUCAAAAGGAUGCUAUUACAGAGGUGGUACGUUCAGGGGAUCUCAUUUCGUAUACAGCUGAAGAGGGUAUUAGGAUCCUCGUGGAAGGUAAAUUCUUGGUGUCAGACAGUUUCCCAGGAAAUGAUCGCAACAAGCUCUGCAUGUCGUCAAAGAUUCCUCUCGGAGUGAUUCUCGCAAUCCCACCAUUCAACUACCCUGUGAAUCUUGCCGUCUCCAAAAUUGGACCUGCACUCAUCGCAGGAAAUGCCCUCGUGUUGAAGCCUCCAACUCAGGGAGCUGUUUCGUGUCUACACAUGGUGCACUGUUUCCACUUAGCUGGAUUCCCGAAGGGUUUGAUCAGUGCGGUUACAGGGAAAGGUUCUGAAAUUGGAGAUUUCCUCACGAUGCAUCCCACCGUGAACUGUAUCAGUUUCACCGGUGGAGAUACCGGUAUUGCUAUUGCAAGAAAAGCCAGUAUGAUUCCUCUUCAGAUGGAACUGGGAGGCAAAGACGCAUGUAUCGUCCUCGAGGAUGCCGAUCUUGAUUUGGCUGCUACCAAUAUCGUUAAGGGUGGUUACUCUUACAGUGGACAGCGAUGUACCGCGGUGAAAGUUGUUCUGGCAUUCGAGUCCAUUGCCGAUAUGCUGGUUGCUAAAGUGAAUCAGAAGAUUGCGAAGUUGACAAUUGGACCACCAGAGGAGGACUGUGAUAUCACACCUGUCGUCAGUGAGUCGUCUGCGAAUUUCAUUGAAGGACUCGUGAAGGAUGCUAGGGAGAAAGGUGCAAAGUUCCACCAGGAAUGGAAGAGAGACGGCAACUUGAUAUGGCCUGUCCUUAUUGACCACGUGAGACCUGACAUGAGAAUUGCAUGGGAAGAGCCUUUCGGUCCAGUACUGCCAGUCAUCAGGAUAAAGACGGUCGAGGAGGGUAUCCACCAUUGCAACGCAAACAACUUCGGCCUCCAGGGAUGUGUCUUCACUAAAGAUAUCAACAAGGCCAUCAUGAUUGCGGACGCUAUGGAGACCGGAACAGUUCAAAUCAAUUCUGCCCCCGCUCGUGGCCCCGAUCACUUCCCCUUCCAGGGUCUUCGUGACAGUGGAAUUGGCUCACAAGGUAUCACCAACAGCAUCAACAUGAUGACGAAGACCAAGAGCACCGUAAUUAACUUGCCCGGAUCAUCUUACCAAAUGGGAUAGACGAAGAAGAAGAGCAAUGCAAUGUGAGUUCAGUUCAGCAUAAUUCAAAGUCUUUAGCAAUCCUGAGACUGCUGAAGGUGCGGCUGAGGAGCUAUGGCAGGAGUCCUUGCAAAGAUAAAGUCAUGGUCAUAAGUGCUAUGCAGCCAGUCUCCUACCUUGAGCCAUCAUCAGUUAGCCCGCAAUAGUGUACAUGAAUUUAGCGGCAGCCUAUUGGAUGAGCAAGAAAUAACUCUUGUUACAUCCAGUAUGUAUACAAAAGAGAUCAGGUGGAUAAAAGCAGAGGGAGUACUGCACUCAUGCAUAAUGUUUAGUCAAUGCAAUGAAAAAUGUGUUACGUAUCCUGUUAACCUUUUCUUUGUGCC